UAUAACGAAUUCGAAGUGUAAUUUAUUCAUGACCAUUUUUACUCUAGAAACAAAGAACAGACACACACAGAGCACGGAUUUGUGGUGUUGGAUUGGAAGGGUGCUGAUCAAGGAGCAACAACAUCAACUAUGGAGCAACUAAUUUCGGAUGUUUCUCACUUCCACCAUACCCCUUAUUAUUGUGAGGAGAAUGUAUAUUUGCUUUGCAAGAAGUUGUGCACUGAUGGGAUAGCCAAUGCUGAAGGAUCUGAUAUUUUUGUUGUUUUCAUUUCCAAUGAAAAGAAGCAGAUCCCACUCUGGAAUCAGAAGGCUAGCCACAGAGCAGAUGGCGUUAUUCUCUGGGAUUAUCAUGUAAUUUGCAUUCAGAUAAAUCAAGGGGGUGGCCCUCCUCAAGUUUGGGAUUUAGAUUCAAGUCUUCCUUUUCCUUCCCCUCUACCUUCAUAUAUAUCUGAAACAAUUCGACCAUCUUUCAAGCUAUUUUCUGAUUUUAAUAGGUUAUUUCGUGUUGUGCAUGCUCCGAUAUUCCUUCGUUGUUUUGCAUCUGACAGAAGACACAUGAAAGAUUCUGAUGGAAACUGGAUGCAAGAACCUCCUCAGCAUGAACCCAUUGUUGCUGAAGACGGAACAGUGCAUAAUCUGAAUGAAUACAUAAACAUAUCUGCUGCAAAUGCUACUACUGAUUUCAGUUCGAUCAAACAUGAACUUUAUACACAGAAACAUGGUGUCGUGAUAAAGGAAAAUCAGCUGGAGGAAUUAUUUUCCCAGAUUGCUUUACAAUAGGUAUAUUAUCCCUAAUCAGUGCUUUGCUUCCGCUGCUUGUACAUAAGUUAGCAUUCAUUUCCCCCUUCCCCCAUUGUUUUUUGGUUCUUUUAAGGAUGCUGGUUAAAUAUUGUUUAUCUUAAAUGGGUAAGCAUGAAAAUGUUUAUGUUGUA